GUACAGUUUUCUUUCACGACACAGACCUACCGUGGUUGUUCAACACUCAGUAGUUAUUGCCAAAGAUACUCAACCAACUGUAAACUACCCAUAGGAAAAGUAGGACUAACAAAUGGCGAACGUCAGACUAAAAUUGAGUGACCCUGGCGCUGGCAGAUUCACAGGAUCGAAUGAUAAGCUAUGUAGUUAUGACGAACUUCCGGUGUGGAAGAAAAUCUACAUGUGUCCACACGUGGUGUCCGGGUACCUGACUGACCUGUCCACGCUUCAGUGCCUUAAAAGCACAUAUAAGCUGACGAACGAGACAGGUAACGUCCUGACACACGUGGUUCCCGCUGUGGCCUUCCUCAUCCUCGGACUGUACGACCAUCACGUGACCAUACCCGGUCGCCAUGGCGACGACAUGGAUUACGUCAUCUCGGCAAUAUACUUCACCAGCUGUCAGAUGUUACUGCUGUCCUCAACCACGUACCACAUCUUCACCCCGCACCGAUGCCGGUCCGUCUUCACCCUCGGGCUCGGGUUGGAUCUGUUCGGCAUUGUCGUCACCAUCCUGGCGGUGCUGUCCACCUUCGUGGCGUACUGCUUCAAGUGUUCUGUGUUUUGGCAGAUGUUGUACCAGUGCGUGUGCGUGGCCAUGUUGGUCCCGUACGCAGCCAUGUUCCUCCACCCCAAGUACCGGUUCCACUGGGUCCGGCCGGAGAACAGGCUGGUCGGCAUUGGUCCUCCCCUGGCGCUGGUCUGUUCUGUCUUCAUCGCGCAGUCUUACCUCUACCACGGCGGGUGGGCGAGUGACACGGCAUGGAUCUAUCCCUUCAGAUGCCUCAGGAAUGGUGGCAUCUACAUUGCAGCGUUCGUGUUGUUUCAUAUCAAAAACAUUCCACAAGUCUGGUUCCCAGGUCGGUUUGACUACGUGGGACACGGGCACCAGUGGUGGCACAUGGCGGUGGUGCUGGGACUGUUAGACUGGAGAGACGCUCUCUUCGUCUUCCAGAGUAUCCAACAACAAAGUCUUAGCUGUUAGGCCAAGUUGAUUUGAUUA